UGUCACAUGACUACGCCUCCAGUCAGGCUACUGUGCUAACAAAAUGGCAGCCUUCUUACAGUGGAGAAAAUUUGUAUUCUUUGAUAAAGACACUGUGAAGGAUCCUGUGGAUAAUGGGAAAGAUUUUGUUCUUCCAAAAGGAAUAUCGGCUUGUGACUCCGGCCGUGGUCACAUCGUUCUUGGUGAUAUGGAUGGUAAGAUCUGGCUUUUGACACGGUCCCUGCAGCUGACUUCUUUUCAGGCUUACAAGUUGAGGGUAACACAUCUCUAUCAGCUGAAGCAGCACAGUAUUCUUGUAUCAGUGGGGCAGGAUGAACAUGGAAUUAACCCUUUAGUAAAGGUCUGGAACUUAGACAAAAGAGACAGUGGAAAUCCACUCUGCACUCGGAUUUUUCCUGCAAUUCCUGGUAACAAACCAACUGAAGUGUCUUGCCUCAGUGUACAUGAAAACCUCAACUUUAUGGCCAUUGGCUUCACAGAUGGCAGUGUGGUUUUGACCAAAGGUGACAUCACCAGAGAUCGUCACAGUAAAAUUCUGACUCUGCACGAGGGAACUUGCCCAGUCACAGGCCUUGCCUUCCGCCAAGUAGCAAAAGUUACACACUUAUUUGUCGCCACUCUGGAGAAAGUCCAUUGCUACACUCUGUCCAUCAAGGAGUAUCCUAAAAUAGAGCUGGAUACACAUGGCUGCGCACUGCAGUGCUCGUCUUUGGCAGAUCCCUCCCAAGAUUCCCAGUUCAUUGUGGCUGGUGAUGAAUGCGUGUACCUGUAUCAGCCUGAUGAACGAGGCCCCUGCUUUGCCUUUGAUGGACACAAGCUUCUUGCCCACUGGCACCGCGGAUAUCUGUUCUUACUCAUCAGGGAUGUAAAGUCACCCAACAAGACAGGGUUUGGGAGCAGGGAGAGCUUUCCGUCAGAUAAACAGCUUCUGACCAUCUAUGACCUGGACAACAAGUUCAUCGCCUACAGUGCCUCUUUCGAUGAUGUGAUUGACGUAGUAGCAGAGUGGGGCUCCUUCUACAUUCUGACCAGAGAUGGAAAAAUGUUUGUUCUCCAAGAGAAAGACACACAGACCAAAUUGGAGAUGCUGUUUAAGAAGAACCUGUUUGUGAUGGCCAUAAACCUGGCUAAGAGCCAACACCUGGACAGUGAUGGACUGUCCGAGAUCUUCAGACAGUAUGGAGAUCAUCUGUACCUUAAAGGAGAUCAUGAUGGUGCCAUCCAACAGUACAUUCGCACUAUUGGUAAACUGGAGCCAUCGUACGUCAUCAGGAAAUUCCUAGAUGCACAGAGGAUCCACAACCUGACAGCUUAUCUGCAAGCUCUGCACAGGCAGUCACUGGCCAAUGCAGACCACACCACCCUGCUGCUAAACUGUUACACCAAGCUAAAGGACAGCUCUAAAUUGGAAGAAUUUAUUAAGAGCAGUGAAAGUGAAGUCCACUUUGAUGUUGAGAUUGCCAUCAAGGUUCUUCGCCAGGCUGGCUACCACAGUCAUGCUGUCUUCUUGGCUGAGAAACACAUGCACCACGAGUGGUACCUGAAGAUCCAGCUGGAGGACCUCAAAAACUAUCAGGAAGGAUUGCGUUACAUUGGGCGUCUGUCUUUUGAACAAGCUGAAAGCAACAUGAAGCGCUAUGGAAAGACCCUGAUGCACCAUGUUCCUGAAGGUACCACAUUGCUCUUGAAGGGUCUGUGCACUAACUACAAACCCAGUGGUGACAUUACUGAAAAAGACAGCCUGGACAUGAGCCGGGUCAGUAAGGCCAACUCAGAGGAAUUCAUCCCAAUUUUUGCCAAUAAUCCUCGGGAGCUGAAAGCCUUCCUGGAGCACAUGAUUAAGGUGGACCCCAGUUCUCCCCAGGGUGUUUAUGACACACUGCUGGAACUCCGACUGCAAGACUGGGCACACGAACAGGACCCUGAGAGAAAAAAGGUCCUGCAGGGGGAAGCUGUGUUCCUGCUGAGGAGUGACAACACUGUGUUUGAUAAGGCCCUGGUCCUUUGCCAGAUGCACAACUUCAAAGAAGGCGUCCUCUACCUUUAUGAGAAAGGCAAACUGUACCAGCAGAUUAUGCACUACCACAUGCAAAAUGAAGAGUAUGGAAAAGUGGUAGAGGCCUGCAAGCAUUAUGGAGCUCAAGAGGGUUGCCUUUGGGAGCAGGCACUGGGAUACUUUGCCAGAAAGGAAGAGGACUGCAAGGCCUACAUCAGUGAGGUCCUACAUCACAUAGAUCAAAACAACCUGAUGCCUCCACUACUUGUGGUGCAAACAUUAGCACACAACUCGACGGCCACUCUGUCCGUCAUCAAGGACUACCUCAUCAAUAAGCUGCAGAGAGAGAGCCAGCAGAUAGAGGACGAUGAACGCAAAAUCCGCCAGUACCGCGAGGAAACGGCUCACCUCCGCUCUGAGAUCCAGGAGCUUAAAAUGAGUGCCAAGAUAUUCCAGAAGACCAAGUGUAACAUGUGCAACAGUCCGUUGGAGCUUCCGUCUGUUCAUUUCCUGUGCAGCCACUCCUUCCACCAACACUGCUUUGAAAGCUAUGCUGAGAGCGAGGCUGAGUGCCCUACUUGCACUCCAGAGAACCGCAAAGUCAUGGAUAUGCUGCGUGCCCAGGACCAGAAACGCGACCUACAUGACCACUUCAACAGACAGUUACGCGGCUCAAAUGAUGGCUUCUCCGUCGUUGCUGACUAUUUUGGCAGAGGAGUGUUCAACAAACUGACUCUGGUGACUGACCCGCCUGGCAGUAAAACUAUUGGGAGUCUAGACGUCAACCUGCAGAGAGACGUUCUCAUCCACACCAAGAGAAACAGUUAGAAACCUCAGCUUGUGACUGUAGUCUGAAUUUCUGUCUGGUGGGCACCUUGUGUCUUGCUUGUCAUCAGUCCAAGCUUUUGACCACGUGUUUUGCUGCACUUUAUUUUAGCAGUGAAUGCAGCUGCCAGCUUUUAGCACCUCUGAUUGGCCUUUUUGCAUAUUUGUUCCAGUUUCAAUCAUUAAUCAAUAGGGACAUUUUAAAUGCAAAUGUGUUUAAAACAUGUAGUAACGUGUCUUAAACCUUGCUUAAUCACACCUUGAAGCAUUUUGCAUGUUGUCAGUCUUGCAGCUACAACUCAAACAUAGCUCGCCUGUCUGCCAUUAAUGAAAUUAUGCCUGAUAAUAAUUGUGAAUAAAGUCAUUAAGUGUA